AGCUCACCAUCACCAUCACAUCGUAACCCUACACACUUCCUACCACACAAGAUGCAUCUCAUGUACACAGUAGACGGAUCGGGAAAGCGGAUCUACACCCUCAAGAAGGUCACCCCUGCCGGAGAGAUGACAAAGAGCGCUCAUCCAGCUCGCUUCUCGCCCGAUGACAAGUUUUCAAAGCACCGCGUCACCAUCAAGAAGCGCUUUGGCAUCCUCCUCACUCAGCUGCCUGCCAAGGCCAUGUAGAGGAUGCAGAAGGAUUGGAGAAUGCACGCAAAUCAAGGAGAGGAAGUCGAAUUUUGGGGAAAAGGGGCUUGACAUGUUCUGAUGAACACUCAGAUUGAGGAAGAUUGGUCUGGAUAAGGGUGAAAAUUUGAGAUGGCAGGCUACAGACAUAGCGUUACAAGGCCCAAACUACGCCUCUCACUUCUUCACGACCUUCCGCCCCUUCAAGAGCCUCUUCGCCGGCUCAAAGAUUCCUCUCGCAAACGCGGGAGAGAGGUAGAAGGACAGAAGCAGCCUCGGGGCGAGUAGCGCCUAUCGGAGAAGGGAUGAAGAGGUAAGGGUCAGGGGGGCCCGCUUCUCUAUCGCCUUCUUGUGUACUUUACGCUUUCAGCGACUCACUUUUGUAACAACAUACGCCGCCACGGCAUUGGCAAAUGCUCCUGCCACUACGGUCCUCUGACCUCCUACCGAGGGUGC